AUGAAGGCCGAGAUGCAAAACCUCGCCGGCGCCAUCUACAAGAGGGCCGUUAAGGAGAUACCUGACCAACCCCAGCUGCCCGCGUGGAGCAUUGCAGUCUACAUUGCCAACUUCCUUGUCUUCGUUCCCCUCAUUGUUUGGACGGUUUACACCCUUCACCAAGUCUACCCUAUCUUCGCCAUCGUCGAGGAUGAAAACCCGCCCGCCUACGACCCCGUCGACCUUGCCGAAGAUGAUGGUAUCAUCCCCUCCGCCGGCCCCGAGGCGCGCGCCGAUGGUCCCGUCCCGACGAACAAGGCCAUCACCGGCGGCCGCCCCACCACUGUGACCUCGUCCCUCCGCUCCAUCAACCGCCUCCUCAAGAGCUACGGCGGCUGGCGCGCAAACUUCCGUGGCUUCUCCGUCUACUUGGUACAGGCCAUCGCCACGAGCCUUCUCUUCGGCCUCUUCUCCAGCUUCCUGCCCGGCACUCUCGCCUCUCUCGCGACCCUCCUCGCCGCCCUGUCCCUCGUCCAGCUCAGUACCGCCUGGGUCCACAUCGUCAUCACUCCGCCCAGCUCCCAGCACUUCUGGCAGCGUCUGCCGUCCUUCAAGCGCACCUUUGAUGCCACCGCCCGCCCCGUCGCCGCCUACUGGCUAACCGAGCAGGUCGCCACCUGGAUCCCCAUCGCCAUUGGCUGGGCCAUCGGCAUGGACCUGCCCAAUAUGCAGUUCGGCAAGCCGUCGACCGUGCCCCAGCCCAAUGAAUCUGAUGCCUGGAAGAGCAUCGUCAUCACCAUCAUCAGCAUCGCCUUCCAGGUUACCGUCGUCGUCCCGGCCCACGUCGUCCUCGUCCGCGUCCAGGCCUCGCUCCUCCCCGAGGAAGCUAACACCAUCAUUCCCUUCGACCGCUCGUUCGGGGGCAAGGUUGAGCCCCGCGUCGUUGGCGGCAAGGGCUACGCCACCAUGGACGAUGCUUGGAGCGGUUUCUCCCGCUCCGCUUGGAAGCGUCUCGUCAUUCUCUACGCCAAGCUCUUUGCCACUACUCUUGCUGUCUUUGUCUUGAUCACCGCAAUCCUCAUUCCCCAGAUCAUUCUCAUCAGUACGCUCGCGAAAUAG